GCACCGCAGUAUAUAGCCAGCAAAUCUCCGAGAGGGUUUUCAUUUCACAAUUUCGCAUUUUGUCUCUGCCCAGCGAAAAACCCCUGAAACUCAAUCCCAGAAAUUCAUUUGAAAUUUGGACGACUCUUUUGGUGUUGCACUUUGUCAGGCUAUCAUUCUCCUGACAGAAUUUCAAGGCAUGUCGGCUCAAGUGACACCUGCUAAGAGACCACAUGACCCAAGUGUUGCAGAGGUAAGUGGUAAAAGGAAGUGGCAGAAGUCAUCGGCUUUAGGUUCUGAUAAUGCACCAUUUCUAGGAUCUUCUUCCAGCAAAAUUGUACGAUUACUUUGCCCAGCUUCCAAAAUUGGUGGCAUUAUUGGAAAAGGUGGCAGCACUAUAUCUCAAAUACGCCAGGAGACUGGAGCAAAAGUCCGUGUUGAGGAAACUGUUCCUGGAUGUGAUGAAAGGGUCAUUUUUAUAGUAGGGUCAGAUAAAGAUGAUGAAGUUGUUGGUCAGCAGGUUAAGGCUGAAGUUAAGGAGACUAAAAGCUCUGAACCAGGUGAAAACCCAGAACAUUUGGAAACUGAUGAGAAGCAGGCUGGUACGGUUGAUGAUUCCCGAUCAGAAAAGGAAAAGGCAACAUCGUCCAUUCAGAAAGCUUUGCUAGUUGUAUUUGAUAAAAUGGUUGAUGGGUUGUCCGAGACAAAUGAAGGAGAUGACGAGAAUAGUAAGCAAUCUUCAUCUGUUGUUAGGCUCCUUGUCUUUUCUGGUCAAGUAGGCUGCCUAUUAGGGAAAGCUGGCAGUGUUAUAAAACAAAUGUCAUCUGAAAGUGGGGCACAGAUUCGAAUCCUUCCAAAGGACAAGCUGCCUGCUUGUGCAUCUUCCUCUGAUGAACUGGUUCAGAUCUCUGGCAGACUUGACACCAUUAGGAAAGCUCUUCAGUCUGUUUCACAGCAACUGCUUGAGAAUUAUCCUCGCAAUCAUGAGUCUUUUGCUGCCAACAUUAUUGCUCCAUCAUCUCAUUCCUUUGGUCCUCCUCCUAGACAGGAUAGAUUGCCGCCUUCUAACCGUCCUUUCCAUGGACAUGGAGCACCUUAUUCUUCUGUAUUUCAUGAUGGUGAGACCAAUAUUCCCAGUAGAAUGAAUUAUCCUCCUGAGGUCCUAAGCUUCCGAUUAUUGUGUAAUGAGGAGAAGGUAGGUGGUGUAAUUGGAAAGGGAGGUUCUAUAGUCAAGGCACUGCAACAUGAAACUGGCUGUGAGAUCAAGGUCCUAGAUGGUGGAGCCAGUUCAGACGAAGAUCGCAUAAUUAUCAUAUCUGGUCCUGCUUACCCAGAGGAUGGAAUAUCUGCUCCACAAGAUGCAGUACUUCGAGUGCAAUCCAGGAUAUUUAGGGCCGCACCAGAAAACAAGGACAAAACAAUGACAGCGAAACUCCUUGUUUCCUCUCAUCAAAUUGGAUGUCUCCUUGGCAAGGGUGGAUCAGUCAUUGCUGAAAUGAGGAAAUCAACUGGAGCUUAUAUCCGUAUAUUGGGUAAAGACCAGGUCCCCAAAAAUGCGUCUGAAAAUGAAGAAGUGGUUCAGGUAACUGGAGAGUUUGAGGUAGUGCAAGAGGCUCUUUUGCAGAUAACGUCAAGGUUGAGAAAUCAUUUCUUUCGUGAUGUAUUUCCACCUCUAGGUCACCCCCCGAACCCAGCAUAUCUGGAGCAAAUGCCUCCAUUUCCGUCAUACAUGGGAAUGAGGGAAUUCUCGCCUUCCAGAACGUUCUCUCAUCGAGGUCCACCAUUCAACAAGUUUGAUGGUCCUGGUGGUAUGCCUCCAGGUGGUGGUUUCCAUCCACAUGAUGAUCAUCCUCCCUUUGCACAUGAUUUUCCCAGACCAGGGAUCCCUCCUCACAUGUCUGAAAGAAUGUCGUCUGCAGCACCAUGGGGGCCCCAGGGACCGAUUGAAGGGCCUGGCUCUAUGGGAUUCCCAGACUAUUCAGGCGCUCCUCAAAGAAGACUUGGUGGAUUUGGAGGAGGAAAUCAACCGGCUAUUAUCACUAGCACAACUGUGGAGGUGGUUGUUCCUCGGUUUGUUGUUCCUGCAAUCUAUGGAGAGGAUGGUGGAUGCCUUAGACAGAUUCGUGAGAUUUCGGAUGCAAAGAUUACAAUCACCGAUCCAAAACCGGGGGCAACAGAAACUGUGAUCAUAAUAUCCGGGACGCCUGAGCAGACAAAUGCUGCACAAAGUCUCAUUCAAGCUUUUGUGAUAAGCGAGACUGAAGCCCCUUGAUCGAAGCCCCUCGAUCAUUGAUAUCAUGGUAUUGGCAUGCUGGCUAAGAUGUAUUUUCUUCCCAGAGUGUUUUUUGCUAGCUUUUCCUAGUAUGUAUGAUUGCAGCAACGGGUGAUUUUACCGACUUGCGCCUUUUCAGCAGGUUGUCCACCCCUCUUAAAGUGCCAACCUCAGUGUUGGUGCAUUUUUAGAAUCACUGGGGCGUCCAAUGUGUGGACUAUAACGCAGCACUCAUCACAUAGGUGUACGAUGAUUCUAAAAUCGUUUGUCAAAUCUCAAACAUUAACUUGAGUAGUUAGGUGUUACAUGGAAAUAUUUAUGUAUAAAAUUAAGCAUUUGUUGAAGCAUU